AUGAAAAAAUUAUUGUUGGGGCUAAUAAGGCUUCAUAUAACCCUUUUAAUUCACCUGAAAAUGAAGAUCAGUGAUAGCAAAGAGCAGGGGUUUCUUUUUGAUUGGAAUUUUGCAUUUCUCCAAACGAGCAGUCUUAUUAUUUUUCUCACACUUUUUUGAUUUUGAUGGGAAUUUGAAACCAAGGAAACGGAGACAUUCUUGAGUAGGAGAAGAUUUUUAUUAGCAAGUAAUGCAACUUUGUCAAUAACCCUGCAAGACAGAUUUUCAAACGUUAGGAAUUAG